CGCGGGUGAUGUAUGGGACGUUGACGCCGACCCGAGUCAUUUCUCACAUGAAGGUGUUUCGCCUAUUCCUGCACUCCUUCACAACUUCAAUCCCUGACUCGGACUGGCCUUCUCGAGAUUGAAAAAUGGACGUCAGGGAACAUGUCGACAUCUCUCUCAUCGGUGGUAAUGUUUCAACAAAGCUCAAGCAAGCUUUCUUCGAUGCUUUUUUUGCGCGAAUAAAGAACGCCAAGGCAAAGCGAUACAAGGGUUUCGAGCCCGAGAUAGCCUCCCGAACAGUUUGGAAGGAGAUGUCAAUGCGGAAGAAAGCCGAGGAGCCGGAAAAACUCGAAGCUCGUACUGUCUUAGAAAUCUCUGUGGGAGAGGACAUGGUUAAUCUAAACGGAGCCCUGCACGGUGGUUGUUCGGCGUUGUUGAUAGACAACUGUUCGAGGAUGCCGGUGAUACUCCUUGGCCUAGCGACCACAGACCGCGUCGAGUUCGGGGUAUCUAAAUCCCUCAACAUACUGUACCACGCCCCAGCCAUGGUGGGUGACCGGCUCCGCAUCGUGUCCACAACGCUGAGCUACGGGAGUCGGGUGUUGACCUCUUGUUGUGAGAUUUGGGAUGCUACAAACCACCGGCUCGUAGCCUCUGGGGUCCACACCAUAAUGCUAGCCUCAACUGCCAAGCUGUAGCUCUGUCCC